UACGCAAGACACGUUUUCCUCUAUUGUGCGUCAUAUGAGAUAGGUUAUUCGAUCUUGUGAUGAAGAAUUUUCACGUCUAACUCCGACUGAAAGUUUAGAUAUAAUAAAUAAGCUUAAGCUUAAGCUCCGAUAUAAGUUAGAUAAAAUAAAAUUCUUUUAGUGAAUGUAUUAAAUUAUAUAAAGCUUUUAAGUGCAAAAUUUUUGACUUUUUCGGUUCUUUUCCUAGAAAGCAGCUGUUUUCGAAAUAAAUACACUUCUACACUUUCUAACAUUUCGGCAUAACUGAUUUAUCUCAAAAACUACUGCUUUUCAGAAAAAAAACGAAAAGGCCAAAAAUUUAAUUUAAUAGAUUCAUCCAAUGAAUUUCAGUUUACCUAACAUAUAUGAAUCCGCUAAUGAUUUUGCAUUUUUUAAUUGUCCAACAAUCCGUUCGUCCCCUCCCAGAUCAAAUAUCUUCUACUGUUUAUUGAAACAUUAGAUUCUACACUUGAAGAAGUUUCUGUUUUGUCAAGCUCCAUUGAAUGGUGUGUAAAAUAAUACUAUCGAAGACGUUCAUAGAAGACUUUUACGGAAAUGAGUUUGGACCUUUUUCAUACAUUCUGCGUGAACUUUAGAUUUCUAGCUCAUACGCAUCCGAUAGUUGGAAGAAUUUGUUUUUGUAUGUUUCCGAUGACAAGGAACAGAAUGUACAGAUUCACUUAUGUGCCCCUGACUAUACAAUUAAUCGGUAAGAUUAAAAAUAGGCGUUUAAGAAUAGUUACAUCUGACUUGUUAAGAAUUUUAAUAAAAGUUUUAGUAAAAAAUUAAAACCAACAAUUAUGAAAACAGUACGACUGACUAAAUGUAUCUAAUGCUUUUUCUCGUCUUUCUUUCAUUUCCACGCGCUAUGAGAGAAGACUAAGAAUUUUAUAUGCACGGCGAAGACGGAGAACAUGAUAUAUAGAAUGAUAUAUAGAAAAAAAAAAAAAGAUUCCGCCAGAACAGAAGAAAGUUAAAAGAGAGAAACAGAGAAUGAUAACAACUCCUCCAACUAACGAGGGAACAUCCCCAGAUGCCUCUUUUCGAUUCUAACGACUUGUACAUGAAUCGAUAGAUCUCAGUGAGGCAGUAAAUACCCUGAAAGGAUUCUAACCCAUGGGUCUUGAAGACGUGAAACCACUUUUUCAGAAACUCUAAAAAUUAACCAAAACCUUUCUUAAUGAGGCAUGAUUGUAGCCGGCAAAUAUCUGAUUAAAAUGAGACAUCUCCGAGCUCUACACGACCUUUCUUUGCAAAGUUAUAGAAUUUACAAGAAAAGCUCUAAAUGUUCAUUGUCAGCUCAAAGCUACAGAAAUAAGAAGAAAUUAAUUCAGGGCUUUUUGUGUGAAUUGUAUAACUUUGCAAAGAAAGAUCAUGCAGAGCUGGGAGAUGUCCAUUUUAUUCAGAAAUAUGCGCGCUACAAUCAUGCCGCAUUAAGAAAGGUUUUGGUUAACUUUUAGAGUUUCUGAAAAAGUGGUUUUCGGGUCUUCAAGAGUUAUGGGCCAGGAUCCUUUUAGGGUGUUUACUGCCUUACUGAGAUCUAUCGAUCCAUGUACAAGUCAUUAGAAUCGAAAAGGGGCAUCCCGGGAGGUUCCCUCGUAAGUUCGACAGUCAGACUACUAGAGAGAGAGAGUAGAGAUAUUACUAUCGUUGAGUGAGUGCCUUGUGCAUUCCUGUCGUUACGAAACCCCUGUUUUCGUGUUGGUGAGUGUCUGUUCAUAUAUGAAUUAAAUAUGAACAGAUUAAAAUAAUUUUUAAUUAAUUAAUUAAUUAAUUAUUUUCCACGGUUCGGGCGUUGUAUCGAAUUUUCUACAAGUCCAAGGACUGGCACCCGGUGACUAUUGGUAGUCUUGAAAACUGAUAGAUUACGGGUAAUCGACCAUGCUGAGUUUUGUGGAAAUAUUUAUUUUUAGAAAAAGUUUUAAAAAUCUACCGAAAAGCCAGUUUUACGAAAAUUAGGGUUUCCAGGCUAUUUUCACCUAAUAUUAAAAUAUUCACUAUUCACUAAUUCACUAUUAUUGAACAGGAUAUAGAAUAGCUUAAGUUUUCUACAUUCUGAAGCUUUGAGCUUGGUCGGAUGUUUUUUAAGUGAAUAGUGAAUUUUUUAAUAUUAAGUGAAAACAGCCUGAAAAUUCUAAUUUUCGUAAAACUGGCUUUUCAGUAGAUUUUUAAAACUUUUUCUAAAAAUAAAUAUUUCCACAAAACUCAGCAUGGUCGAUUACCACAUCAACAGAAAACCAUAAACCACUUUUAAGAAUAGUCAACACUUUUUAAGGCUACCAAUAGUCACCGGGUACCAGUCCUUGGACUUGUAGAAAAUUCGAUACAACGCCCGAACCGUGAAAAAUCAAGGUCUCACUUUACUCCCAUUUUCAAGAGGACACCCUGAGCUAUCAGUUCAUAAGAAAAAAGCAAUAAAAUCGUAUUGGAAAAUCUUUACAGACCACGUAGUUUUCCAAAGAUCUCCUAGAAAACCUCUUUCAAAAAACUCGUCUGAAACUUAUGUUGGCUAUGAAAACAUGCAUCCAAGUCUCUUCUUUCGAAUGGCAAAAAUCGCAGGUCUUCAUCUUGUUCGUAUCAAAAGUUAUUCAAAAAACAACCGAGUGCCUUGACUUCUGGAACGGAUAAUAGUACUUAAACUAUUCUAUCGUUUAUUAUAGAAAAUAUUAUCUUGGUCAGAUCGAGCAUGUACAUUCGAACGCAUUCUUCUUAUACGAAAUUCACAAGAUAAAUUACUUCAUAUAUUAUGCGAAAGCAAGCAACUUGUCAUUCAAAUUGUUGUCUUUUAUAAUUAUUACAAUCAUUAUUAUCGACUAUAUCAAAUACCAGAUAAAUAUCAUUUACCUUACAAAUUCUAUUUUGGUCAAUAUAAUGCCAUUUAUGAUUCCUUCAAUUUAUCAAAGAUUAUUUUUGAAGAUACAACCGUUUUCAUACCACAUCAACAGAUGGAUUUAGUUCAUUUUUUAACUCAAAUAAAUUCAUCUCGUUUAAUUAAUUGUAAUCGAACAUCCGCACGUUUAUUCAGAAAACAAUAUCCGAAUAGUACAAGAACAACAAUGGAACAAAUCAAAACAUAUCAAGAAAUCAUUAUAAAAUUCAAAGUAUUACUAAAACAUUUUCAUAUUCCAUUUUUCAUUUAUAGUGGUACACUACUCGGCUGGUAUCGUCAAUGUUCAUUAAUUCCCUAUACGACUGAUGUUGAUUUUGCAACAUUUUCCCAGUUUGCAUCCAAUGAAACAACGGAACGAUUGGGUAAUAAAAGUUUAGAACUCGCUAUACCUCUCAUACAUAUUUUUGGAUUUCCAGAACAUGCUUUUGAAAACCGUUUUUUAACAAAAAUGUCCAUUGAUUUAUUUUUCUUGUACGAUAAUAUUGAAACAAACAAGUUGAUUACUUACUUACACUAUGAUAAGUCUUAUUACGCUUUUGCUUAUCCACUUAUUGAUAACUUGUGUGCUACAGACUAUCUGGGAUUCAAAAUAAAUGUACCAUGUAAUGCUUUUGACUAUAUAAUUGCUGACUAUGGUGAAAACUGGUCGAAACCGAUACGUGAUGGUGUUUAUGCUCCAAUGGGAUCAAAUUUUGGAUCCGAAUUGAGUUGGCCAUAUGCGUGGCACGAUGGAAGUUUUGAUGAUUAUCUAAUACAGAUUCGUAAUGGCUCUGGUAGAUAA